AUGUCCACCAAGACGAUGCCUCGCGGCUCUAGCAAACCCUCAGCAAUGGCCACGAAGACCAUUGAUCAACUCAAGCCGAAUGAGCUCCAGGCUUCACGAUCCGACGGAGACCGCCUAUGCAUAUUCCUCGCGUACAAGAACGUCACGAAGAUCCGCACCGUCCCUCCCACAGAUGCAGGCACUGAGGAACCCGUCGACUCUCGCGCUGUGACCGCGCUUCGAGUCAUCUCCCCAAGCUAUCCACUCGCUGUAGCAAAAGCGUUUUCUAGUGUCGUUGCAGAGAAGAUCGCUGCCAAGGUGGAGGCCGGCCAACUCAAGGGAUCCAGUCUGAAAAUUCAGGUCAAGGUCAGCUCUGUCUCGAUCGAAGGCUCUGCGAAGCACCUUGACGUGUACAAGGCCCUAUUCGAUUGGUUCCUAGGCUACUGCGAUGGCGACCUGUCCGCCCCCGUACUGCAAAGCGGUUCUUUGGUCUCGGCAGUCGAACUCAUCAGAGUAGCGAAGGCGGUCCGAGCCGAUGCCAUCAUUCCGAUUCUGGUCAAUCACCUCGACAAUGCGCUGAAAGAGCGCUCUGGGGCUCCCGAUGCGUCACUGCUUCAAACAAGCUUUCCCAUCUGGCUACCAAAGGGCUUCAUUCUUAUCGACAGUCAGGCCAUCACGUCUCUCUGGAAAAAGGAUGAGUCGUUCGCUAAGAAGUUCAAGGCCCGAGUCCAGGUCAAGCAGGCCGAGAUCGCUGAGCAAGCUGAGGCCCUACCACGAGAACAAGAGGCCGAGGCUUUGGCAGUGAAGGAGGCCGAGGAACGCGAGGCCAUGGCUGCCAAGGAGGCCCAAGAACGUAAGCUCCGAGAGCAGGGCGCCCGACGACAGACCUACUCAGCUGCCGUCAUCAAAGGAGCUGAAAGUCACAAGCUUCAGGAACACGGAGCGCGUCGACACACCUAUUCCGCCGCCGCCGAAGUAUCUGCAGAGCAGCAGCGCCGAGAGGAGGAAGCACGUCUGCAGGACGAAGCACGUAUAAGGGAUUCGCGUUUUGGCGGUGGGAAGAAGCGCGGCGGGCGAAAAGAAGGUGGUGGCAAGGGUAGUCGCGAGCAGGUCCAGCCUUGA